AUGUCGCGCUCCUUCUAUGUGGACUCCUUAAUCAUCAAGGACUCCUCGAGGCCGCUGCCGGCCCUGCCCGAGCACCACCACCACCACGGCCAGGACUUCUUCAUCCCCCUCGGCGUGCCGUCCCCCCUCGUCAUGUCGGUGACGGGCCCGGGAUGCCCGUCCCGCAAGAGCGGGGCCUUCUGCGUCUGCCCGCUCUGUGUCACCUCUCACCUGCACUCCUCCCGCGGGGGGGGCGGCGGUGGCGGCGGCGGCGGUGGCGGCGGGGCCAUCCCGCUGCUCAAGGGCCAGUUUCCCCCCGCCGCAGCCUCCGCCGCCGGCGAGGCCCAGUGCUGCCCGCGGGGCAGCCCCGUCGCCCCUCCUCCGCAGCCCCCGCCGCCCGCCGUGCCCGCCGCCGCCCUGGGGCACCCGCCGCAUCAUCCUCCCGCUUGCGCGGCCACCGCGUACAGCGUCAGCGACCCGCGGAGGUUCCACUGCCUCGGCAUGGGAGGGUCCGAUUCCAGCCAGAUCCAGAACGGGAAGAGGAUGCGGACGGCGUUCACCAGCACGCAGCUCCUGGAGCUAGAGCGGGAGUUCUCGUCCAACAUGUACCUGUCCCGGCUGCGCCGCAUCGAGAUAGCCACGUACCUGAACCUCUCCGAGAAGCAGGUGAAGAUCUGGUUCCAGAACCGCCGCGUCAAGCACAAGAAGGAGGGCAAAGGCGCCCCGCGGAGCUCUCACGGCGGCUGCAAGUGCAGCACGGGCCAGGGCCACUUCCCCAGGUCAGAGGACGAGGAGUCCCUGUCCCCAUCCUCAGCCACCGAGGAGAAGGAGAUCUCCCCGCUUUGA